AGAGGGCGAGGCGAAGGCGGCGCGCGAACAGCAGCAGCUCCAUCCCCCACCUCCACCACUACGGAAACCUCCCCCCCCCGGUCUGCAUACAGUUGCAACACAGAACUGUAACCUCUAGGGCUGGACAGAGACGACGGCAAAAGAUGAGCGACGACUACCGCGGGCCCAAGUUCGUGGGCAUCAUGGGCCACGACAACGUGAGCCACAACGGCAGCAAGACGACCGUCUACUUCGUGCAGGUGCAGGUGCCCGAGGGCAUGUUCAUCGUCAAGCACCGCUACCACGAGUUCAAGGACUUCUACGACAAGUUGUCAGGUGAGGGGUACCGCUGCCCCGCGCUGCCGCCCAAGAAGUUCCUGGGCUCGUUCAACAAGGAGUUCAUCGAGAAGCGCCAGCAGGAGCUGGCCAACUGGCUGCACCUGCUGUGCCAGUUCGACCCGGCCUCGGGCAAGUCCGACCCGCGCUCGUCCGAGCUCUUCAAGGAGUUCAUGCUGACGAACAAGGAGCCGCUGGAGAAGUACCAGGGCACCAAGGCCAUCGCGUACGACGCCGCGCCUUCGUCGCAGUCGGACGACAAUGAGACGGCCAUGUACAACACGCCCAAGACGUCGCUGGACGACUUUGAGCUGCUCAAGGUCAUCGGCAAGGGCUCGUACGGCAAGGUGACGCUCGUGCGCAAGAAGGAGGGCAAGCGCCUGUUCGCCAUGAAGUCGCUCAACAAGUCCAACGUGAAGCGCCGCAACCAGGUGGAGCACACGCGCACGGAGCGCCGCGUGCUGGGCCGCGCCAAGCACCCGUUCAUCGUGCACCUGCACUACGCCUUCCAGACGUCGCAGAAGCUCUACUUCGUGCUGGACUACUGCCCCGGCGGCGAGCUGUUCUUCCACCUGUCGCGUAUGGAGAAGUUCGAGCCCAGCAUGGCCCGAUACUAUUGCGCCGAGAUCACGCUGGCCCUCGAGCACCUGCACGACCUGGGCGUUGUCUACCGUGACCUCAAGCCCGAGAACAUUCUGUUCGACUCCGUCGGCCACGUCUUGCUGGCCGACUUCGGACUUGCCAAGGAGGGCAUCACUGACGGCGCUGAAGGCACGAACUCCAUGUGUGGAACUCCCGAGUACCUGCCUCCUGAGAUUCUGGACCGCGUCGGCCACGGCACGGCCGUCGACUGGUGGGCUAUGGGCAUGGUGCUGUACGAGAUGUUGACGGGUCUUCCGCCCUGGUACACGCGCAACCGCCAGAAACUGUUCGACCGCGUGCGCAAUGCUCCUCUUACGUUCCCGGACGACGUGGACCCCGUGGCUCGCGACUUUAUCAGUGGCCUGCUGCGACGCGACCCGAACGCGCGCCUAGGUAGCAAGAGCGCCGACGAGGUGAAGAACCACCCGUACUUUAGCGGCAUGAACUGGCAGGACCUGUACGACCGCAAGAUCCCGCCGCCGUUCAACCCCACCCACACGUUUGAGUACUUCUCGCAGAGCCUGUAG